UUACGGCGCACCUGCAGGCCGUUUUUCCCCGGCAGUUUGUCAUGUGACUUCCGAGCGCCAAUAGGAGGUGAGCGUCGGGAGAAAUUCUGCCGGGAGAAUAUACUCACCCUUAGUUAAUUGUUUAACGAAACUACGCCGUAGUUGGUACUGAUAUUCUUUAUUUAACUUUGAGUAAGUUUGACUUGUGUUUCACGUCUACUUAAUUCUCAUCCUCGUCUUGUGCGCUAAAAGCUUCAAUCAUGUCAUACCGACAUGCCCAAACAGCCACGUUAGGGACUUCAUUGUGUCCUGGCCAAUUCUCGAUGCCCCUGAUGCUAAUUCUGGCACAUUCACGGAUUUUUGUGAUGUGUUAAAGUGGCUUACAUUUCAUCACCUCUCGUCUGGUCGACGCCUGUAUAUAUAGUUGUCAUGAUGAAUAUGAAACUUUCAUUUGUUGUCAUCAUACAGCCAACGAGAGAAUAAACAUUCGGUGUCUUUUCCGAUCCCUCACACGUGAUAUCUACACGGUUGCAGGCCGCGGCAGGGGUAGACGGUUUUCGCGGAACACUCCGCGAGAAAUGCCCGAGGGCAGACGUCACUCCGAUUCUAACGAAUCUCGGACGCCGGUCGUCAAGAUGUUCCGGACUCUCCAAGCGCAGCUGGACGACCGCUACGAUCGCUCCGAGCGUCUGGCGAGACUCGGACGUGACGUCGCCACCGAAAGCAGACGCAUCGUUACUUUGCUGAAUCGUGCUGAUAGCGAUGGCGAACGGGACGAGGUUCUAGUGGAAGCCCACCGCAGGCUGUGCGAGUUGAACGAUUCGGCACUCCGUGAGAUGGGCGCCGACUUGAAGGGGCAGGACUACUACUUGUACCUGCGGUCGUUCACAGUGGGUCUUCAAGAGUACGUGAGAGCGGUGACAUUUUUUCACUACCUGAAAGAUGGCCGCUUGGUAACCUUGGAUGAGGUCAACAAGGCUCUGGUCUUUGAGGUGCAAGCUGAGGAACCGGAGAGCGACAUGGCCGCCCUCAAUGGACCCACAGCGUCGCCCGACGACAAGUCGCCCGAAGGCGACACACACUUCUCGCUGGAGGUCACGCCCACCGACUACCUGUACGGCGUCGCCGACAUGGCGGGGGAACUGGGACGCAUGUCCGUCAGCGCGCUCGGGCGAGGAGACCUGGAGGAACCGGGCGCGAUUUGCCGCUUUCUGAGAGACCUGUACGCCGGGUUCGUGUCGUGCGGUUUCGUGGCCGUUCAGAGCACGUGGCGAAGUCGCGACGCUUCCCACAGGACGUGGGCGCUGUUGCAGAACGUGCUCGAAGUCGAGAAGACCUGCUACGCCGUCAGGCUUCACGGCUCGAAGGUUCCACAGGCGGUGCUGUCGCUGCUCGAUCCUCCCAUUUGACGGAGAAGGUGGUUGAAUGAUGCACUACGUGACACGUUCGCCUAUGGCCUCCGAGAUUUGCGUGCACCAGCUGGUGCGCGCAAAUCUUGGAGGCUAUGGUACGCCUUAGCUUGCCACCUGUGGUGGUGCGCUGCAUGUGGCUUUGACUCGAAUUGUUUUCUUUUGUUCUUCUUUUUCUUUCGUCUGUUUAAUGUUUGC